UUCCGAUCAGCCGAAACCUACACAGACUACCUAUCACCAUCUCCAAUCAAUAUCUUGCACCGGCAACCAUCGAAAUGGCCUCCCCGGAUUUCACCUACACCUUCUUCCGCAUCCCCAAGGACGAGGCCACGAUCCGCGCAUCAGCCGCGCAGUAUCGCGCCCUCCGCCUGGAAGCCCUCCAAGUGUCGCCCGGCUCCUUCUCCUCCACCCAUGCCAUCGAGUCCGCCUUCACCGACGACGACUGGAUAGCCCGCCUCACCGUCCCGGACCGCGAAGUGUUCAUCUGCGCGGCCACCCCAGCCUCCACGACCCCCAGUCCCAGCGGCCCUGAGAAUGCCAGCAGCGGAACGCAAUGGAUCGCCCAGGUCACCCUGCGCGGCCCCACCCCAGCCGACCAGUUCGCCCUACCCGCCGCCGCAAACUCACCCGCACAGCGCCCGGACAGCGAGGAAGAGCGCUGGCAGAUGCUGAGUCUAUUCACCCUCCCUGCCCACCGAGGCCGCGGGCUGGGCGCACAGCUAUGUCAGGCGGCCCUGAACUGGCUGCGGGAGUACCGAGCGAAGCCCAACACGGUGCAGGUGCGGCUGAUCGUCAAGGCGGGGAACGAUGUGACGGUCAACCUGUAUCGAAGGCUGGGGUUCGAGGACGCAGGGCGGGCGACCUUGGUCGAAGCGCUGGUCGCGAAUGGGGAUGACGAGAUGGUGGAGGUAGUGCGGAAGACUCACGGAGCGGUGGUCGAUGAGCAGCGACAAGGGUUGGUGAUGGUCGUGAGGUUGCGGCGCGACUAGGGCGGGCAGACUAUCCUUGAAUCAAACGUUGAGGCAGCAGCAAUAUACCUAACCAUGCUGUUUCAUGCAUAGCGUUGUGUAGCAUUUUAUACGGCAAGAAGCCCUACAGCUGGAAGGGCGGCGACUCCAUGAUGCGGAAAAAGCAGAUGUUGAGAUUAUACCUGUACAUAUCGACAAGACACACAGG